AUGGAGGCAGCGUCUGCGCGCGCGGCGGCCCGCGACCGCUGGGGCGAGUACGGCGGCCGGACGCCGUCGCAGCUGGAGCGCUACAUCCACUCGGCAUGCAGCCCGGACAAUUACGAGCCCAACUUAGCGCUCAACCUCGAGAUCUCGGAUCUGGUCAACCAGAAGAAGGGAUCGGCGCCGCGCGAGGCCGCCACGGCCAUCGUCAACUUUAUCAACCACCGCAACCCUAAUGUGGCCCUGCUCGCGCUCAGCCUGCUUGACAUCUGCGUGAAGAAUUGCGGCUACCCAUUUCACUUACAGAUCAGCACCAAGGAGUUUCUCAAUGAGCUCGUCCGCCGUUUCCCCGAGCGGCCUCCCAUCCGCGCCACGCGCGUGCAGGCCAAGAUUCUCGAGGCUAUUGAAGAGUGGCGCAUGACAAUUUGCGAAACGAGCCGGUACAAGGACGACUUAGGCUUCAUUCGGGACAUGCACCGCCUACUGAGCUACAAGGGGUACAUGUUUCCCGAGAUUCGGCGCGAGGAUGCGGCUGUGCUGAAUCCAAGUGAUAACCUUAAAUCUGCCGAAGAAAUGGAAGAAGAAGAGCGCGAGGCUCAGUCCGCCAAGCUCCAGGAGCUCAUCCGACGAGGCACACCCACCGACCUGCAAGAAGCCAACCGCCUUAUGAAGGUCAUGGCCGGGUACGAUACGCGAUCUAAGACUGACUACCGCGCCAAGGCGGCCGAGGACGUGGGCAAGAUCCAGGCCAAGGCGCGCCUGCUUGAGGAGCGCCUCGAGGCGUUCCGGCCUGGCGACAAGAUGACGGACGGCGACGUGUUCAGCGAGCUGGCGUCGGCGCUGCAGAGCGCGCAGCCCAAGAUUCAAAAGAUGUGCGAGGAAGAGUCGGACGAUCACGAGGCCGUUGCCAAGCUCUUUGACAUCAACGACAGCAUCCACCGCACCGUCGAGCGCUACAAGCUCAUGAAGAAGGGCGACAUGGAAGGUGCCGCCAAGGUAGCCGCCGGCGGCCCGACACCCUCGCAGACGGCGACGGUGGGUAGUUCAUCGGGUGGCGGUGCGGCGGCCGAGCUCUCGUUGAUAGACUUUGACGCCGACGCGGCUGAGGCCAACGGCAGUUCGUCGCAGGCUGGCGGCACACAAGGCGUUGAGAACGACCUCCUCGGCCUGGAUAUUGGUGGCGAUGCAGGCAACUUUGGACAGGGUGGCAGCAUUGCGCUCGGAUUCGGUGCCAACCAAAAUAUCCCUGGCCCUGCGCUGCUGUCUUCGUUAACAGACAACAGCAACGCCAGUAACAACAAUAGCAGUAACAUUGCCGCGUCGGGGAGCAGCAGCAACCUCAGCAACCAAUUCAUGUCGUUUGCCUCGCCAUCUGCAUCGCAAUCGACGACGCCAAAGCCUGGCGCGGCCGCUGUCGCUGCUCCUCCUCCUCCUCCAGUUUCCGAUCCGUUUGCCGCCUUUAUGUCGCAGCCCAAAAACACCAGUGCUGGCAAGCAGCCCGCCGAAGACGACGAGUGGAACUUUUCCUCUGCGCUCCCUGAAUCGUCGACACAGCAGCAGCAGCAAUUCCCGAGAGAGCAUCGGGCCACAAUCACCGACGGCAGCAUCCGCGCCGAAUACCUGGCCAACCGCACCACGGCGUCGUCGCCUGCCAUUGACAUGCUAUUUUCGUUUUCAAAUAAUACCGCACAACCCAUUUCCGAGCUCCAUUUCCAGCUCGCCGUGACAAAGGGCUACGAACUCAAACUCAAGCCCCAGACAGGCCGCGACCUGGCGCCCAAGCAAAGCAAGGGCGUCACGCAGCAAGUUGCCAUCCACCACGCCCCUGGAAGCAACGGCAGCACACCGUCAAAAGUGUCAUCGGCUAAGCUGCGCUGGCGAGCCGCGUACAAAGUUGGAGGAGAGAAAAAAGCUGAAACGGGCGAGAUUGCUGAAUUUAGCAUUGCCUAA